AUAGUGCUCUGGCCGGGGCUGCUAAAACAGGGCACUGCUGUCAGCUGUCCAGACUGCUGGCGCUGGUUUUGGAGGACCAGACUCCCACAUACUGACCGCGCAGAACAGCGCCUUACUGCAGACAGACGGCAGCACAGCGCGGGGGACCACCGGUACCGGCCGUGCGGCGGGGAUCGGCGCCAGUGUCAGGUUGCAGCUAUUGGGAACACCUGAACCGCAAGUCGAUCGCCACCGCUGAUGCAAAGGCAACCAUUCAGAGGGGUCAUCACAGCGCGGAUCGCCUUCACGAAGCCAAGAGGCUGAGUAGCUCGUCGUUCCGCUAUUCCCGCCACUAUGCUGGCCGGCCGGGCCGUGGGACGGCUAUGUCGCCACCUGCUGGGGCAGCCAUCUCUGGUCACCCGGCGCGCGCAAUACUCGCUCCGCUCUGAGCGCGUGCCCCCGCCGACCCGUCUGACCCAGAGCGUGGUCAGCUGUCCGGGCGGCGUGCCGCUGCUGCACCUCACACUGGCCGACGCCGUGGACCGGGCCGCCGCCGACCACGGCAGCCAGACGGCGGCCGUGUUCGUCCACCAGGACAUCCGGCGCUCCUGGCGGGAGAUCACGUACGAGGCUGACCGGCUGGCGAGGGGCUUCCUCUCGCUCGGCCUGCAGAAGGGGGACCGGAUCGGAAUCUGGGCAACGAACGUGUACGAGUGGCUGCUUACGCAGUACGCUGCCGCAAAGGCAGGUUUAAUACUGGUGCACGUGAACCAGGCGUACCAGAGUCGCGAGCUGGAGUACUGUCUGCGGAAGGUGGGCGUCCGGACGCUGGUGGCCGCCGCCGGCUACCGGACGUCCGACUACUACACGAUGCUGACGGAGCUGGUGCCGGCGCUGGCGGACGGAGAGGCCGGCGUGCCGCUGACGGUCCGCUCCGAGCGGCUGCCCCAGCUGCGCGACAUCGUCAUGAUCAGCCCCGAGCGGCGGCGCGGCGUGCUGCGCUUCGACGACCUGCUCGACGCCGGCAUGGAGUCGCUCUCCGGCGAGCUGGAGCGGCGCCAGGCGCAGGUCGACUGUGACGACCCGUGCAGCAUCCAGUUCACCUCGGGCACCACGGGCCUGCCCAAGGGCGCCACGCUCUCGCACCACAAUGUGAUCAACAGCGCCAACCAAGUGGCGCACAGGAUUGGCCUGGAGGAGGGCAGCGCCCGCAUCUGCCUGCCGGUGGCGCUGUAUCACGCGUUCGGCAACAUGUUCGGCUCGAUGCUCAGUCCGCUGCACGGUAACGCUCUGGUGUUCCCGUCGCAGGUGUUUGACGCCGGCGCCUCUCUGCAGGCCACGCAGGACGAGCGGUGCACCCACAUGUACGGCACGCCGACCAUGUUCGUGGACAUGGUGAACAUCGCCAAGCAGAAGCGCCUCGACCUCAGCUCACUGUACUCGGGCAUCGUGGCCGGCGCGCCGGUGCCUUUCCACCUGAUGCGCUCCAUGAUCGAGGACAUGAACAUGCGGGACGCGGUGGUGCUGUACGGCAUGACGGAGGCAUGCUCCAUGGCCACCGGCUACCCGUCGGACGACCUGGAGCACCGCUGCGGCACCGUCGGCUACCCCAACAACCACAUCGAGGUCAAGGUGGUGGACGACACCGGAGCGACGCUGCCCAUCGGCCAGACGGGCGAACUGUGGGUGCGCAGCUUCAGCAACUUCCUCGGCUACUGGGACGACGAGGAGAAGACGCGCUCGACGGUGACGCCGACCGGCUGGCUCCGCACCGGCGACCUGGCCACCAUGGCCUCCGACGGCUACGUGAAGAUCGUCGGCCGCCUCAAGGACAUGGUGAUCCGCGGAGGCGAGAACAUCUACCCCACGGAGGUGGAGGACUUCCUCAUGAGCCACCCGGACGUGCUGGAAGCGCAUGCGUUCGGUGUGCCCGACGAGCGACUGGGCGAGGAGCUGGCCGUCUGGAUCAAGGCCCGCGAGCCGGGAGCGAUCACGGAACAACAAAUCAGGAGCUUCUGCAAGGGCCGGAUAGCGCACUUCAAGGUGCCGCGCUAUAUACGGUUCCGGGAUGACUUUCCAGUCACCGUCUCUGGAAAGGUGCAGAAGUUCGAACUGAGAAAUACAUUCGCUCGAGAGCUGGGCUUGAAUAAGUAGCCAUGCUCAGCUGAAAAAACACGAAUGCGCAAUACAGCGGAGUGAGUAAGAUGACGCAUAUGAAUCUCCCGUCGCUCGGAGAUCGGCGAAAUCGAGUGGUGCUCCUAACUAAUCUUAACUUUUAAACAAAAUGUUGCCACACCUAAGAAAGGCGAAAUAACAGUUUUUUUUUAAUUGAGAAACUUCUCGGGAGAAUCCCCGCAGCGCCCCAUGCCUCUGCUCUUGAUCCGUCAGUCACCGAACUCCUCCCCUGAGCCGUGCGUAUUUCGCUACAAACGCUGCAGUGCAUCACCUCGGCAACGGCCUUGGCGUAAGCUUCAACGUCACUUAUUAGCUGAGUUGAACAUCCCCGAUAAACGGUUCUCAACGUA